AAUCGAAUCGUGAAGCAUUUUUAUCCUCCCUUCUCUAAUAAGCGCUUCGAUAAGCAAAUAAUUAUCGCUUGGAGAGAGUGCUUUCAACUAACAAAGAUUUCGUUCCAUUGGAUCGAGCUUUGUCCUUAACAGUGAAAGAUGUACAACCUGACAGUUGAAUCUUCGUAUCCUACUCCCUAUGCCUCUUCGCAAUUUUUAUCCAUGAUAUUGCUAUCCAUGAUAGGACAAAAACAUACUCCAAAUACAACCACGGACAUUAAAGAUGGAUAUGAUUAUGUUGUCGUUGGUGCUGGUUCUGCUGGCUCUGUUAUUGCAAGCCGUUUAGCUGAAAAACAUUGUGUGACUGUUCUUCUAUUAGAAGCUGGUAAACCACCGCCCAAAGUUACUGACAUACCUGGCGUUGCUAGAAGUUUCAUCGGAACAGAUAUUGAUUGGAACUAUACCACUGUUCCCCAACUUUAUACCGGUGCUGGGCUCUUAAACAGAUCUGUUGCAUGGCCCAGCGGGAAAACCAUUGGUGGAUCGAGUGUCAUUAAUGCUAUGCUUAACUUGAGAGGAAAUAAAAAGAAUUAUGAUGAUUGGGCUGCUCACGGUGCCACGGGAUGGAAUUAUGAUGGAGUUCUACCUUAUUUCAAGAAACUUGAAAACAAUACAGAUGCAGAAUACGUGAGAAAUGGUUACCAUGGGGUAAAUGGUCCCGUCACUGUAUCUAAACCAGAAUAUGACACUGAAUUAAAAAGAGCUGUUUUUGAAACUGCAAAAAGUUCCGGUUAUCGAGUGGGAGAUGUCAAUGGACCAAAACAAAAAGGCUUUUAUGACAUCCAAGCUACGGUUAGAAAAGGUCAACGUUGUAGUGCAGCGAAAGCCUAUUUAGUGCCAAAAGGUCAUAAAAAUAACUUAGAUAUUGUAUCACAGGCUUUUGUCAAAAAAAUAAUUAUUGAGAAUAGCAAAGCUCGAGCAGUUGAGUUUGAUUUCCAAGGAAAAAGUCGACAUGUGAGAGCGUUUAAGGAAGUGAUACUUUCUGCUGGUACAAUUAAUUCUGCUCAACUUCUGAUGCUUUCAGGGAUCGGCCCUCAGGAAGAAUUAAAGAAACACAAAAUUCGACUCCACGCUAAUCUACCAGUGGGAAAGAAUUUACAAGAUCAUUGGGGUACAGUAAUUGGUUUUGAGUUGAAUAGCACUUUUACUCCUCUACAAAAGAAACUAGAAAGUGUAGCAAACAUUAAUGACUACAUUACAUCAAAAACAGGUCCGUUAACAUCGGUGCAAGGUGUUUCAGUUAUAGCUUUUCUGGACAGAAAAGGACACGAUUCACCAGGCGACUACCCUGAUCAUCAGUUGUAUUUUUGGGAAGGAGCUAUGGCACCUAUACAAUCUCAGAUGAGAUUGAAGCCUGAUGUAAGUUUUAACCCAAAUGACGCCAACUUUUGCUCUCCAACUAUGGUUUUCUCAAGUGGUAGUGAAGAAGAAGUGUAUUUCAAGUCUUAUUUUGGACCAUAUGAAAACAAACCUUUCUAUUUGUGCCUCUCUCAAAUUGUUCACCCCAAAGGAACAGGAAAAGUGACGCUUCGAUCCAACAAUCCAUACGAUCCACCUAAUAUUAAUCCUAUGUAUUUUUCACAUCCCGAUGAUCUUGAAGUUGUCGUUGAAGGUACGUAUCAUUUCAACGUUACAUUCUGUGGAAAAAAUACGUCCAGUGGGAAAUUCGACAAACAAAAUUCGUUCGUACGUUUAUUUAAAGCAGUGUUUCCCAAAGUGGUUCAUAUGGACCCCUAGGGGUCCGUGGUACCA